UUUUUUUUUUCAGAUAAAUUAAAUGACAUUUAAGUAGUUGAAUGAAGCACCGUCGGAGUAGUUACUUUCUUGAACAGCCUUGUACUACAAAAUAUUAGGUGGGCGAGUAACAAUUUCGUUGCCACCAAAACGACGACAGCCACGACCAUUCUGCCUGCGCUAACAACAUGACACCUGCCCUGCUCGACCAACAGCAACAACAUCAAACAUCGCCGCUGGGCCACACAUCAUCCGGCAUCAUGGCUGACAACGAAUCCUUUGACUAUCACGUGGCGGCCAGCACCGGCAAACAGAAGAUGGACAUUGCCGAUGUCGAGUCGAAGUGGAAAGAUGUCCCCGACAAAUAUUUAAUAAUUAUUGCCCAUUUCUUGGAUGGCCGUAUUAACGACACCGAUGCCAUGGAUCGCUUUAAUGGGCCCAUCCUGAAGGCCAGCAUCGAGAAUUUCUAUUGGAUAUUUCUGAUCCAGUACGCCAUACUGGCCAUGCUGGGCAUCGUAAUGAAUGUGGCAAUUAUAGCGUACAUUGUCUAUCACAAACUCUAUCGGGACGAAACCCAGGCGUUUAUUAUCAAUUUGGCAUCGUGCCAUUUUGUCCAGUGCGCCAUCGUCCUGCCCAUAUCGCUGAUGGUGAUGUUGAUACAGAACUGGAUAUUUGGACAGUUUUUGUGUUUUUUCUUGCCCAUGCUGCAGGAUAUACCAUUACACGUUGCCAUGAUAACGCACAUUUUAAUAGCCUGGGACCGUAUGCGUUGGCUGGCCAAUCCCGUCAAGGGACGUUUUCCGGCAUUCGUCUGUUGUUGUGCAACGUGGCUGACGGGAAUGGUGAUUGCACUGCCAUAUCCCAUUUAUACAAUUUACGUUGAAAUUGGGGAUUUCCUUCCGCGUUUACAUGGCAUUGGUUUGUGUGUUGUUAAUCUAAUGGAUGAUAUGCACGAAUAUGUCCGAGGACUCUUCUUCCUAAUGUAUUGUGCACCCACCGUACUAUUAUCAUAUCUCUAUAUAAGGACCUCGCAAGAGUUGCGGCCACCUGACGAACCAUUAGCUGUAAUGUUGUACGAGCAGCGGGCGGAGAUACGGAUGAGGCAACGCAAUUCAUCGGCAUCAUCAGUGGAACGUUCCUAUAGUGGAGCAACAACCGCGACAAUAGGUGGCGGCAGUGGUCUCAAUGGUAACAGUCAUCACAGCACCGUCUACAGUGGCCCAUAUUCGACAGGAACGGCCACUCGCUCCUAUGAUCUCUACAGUGCCGAAUGGGAUGUUAAUCGAGAGAAGCGUAAUCAACGCAAUUUUGGCAGCAUGGCUGCUGCCCAGGUGGUCUGUCUGUGUCCGUUGAUGAUUUUACGUUUUGCCCGACUCUCUAUGGAGGAGACGUACGAAAAUCAAAAACAUUUUGACUUUACCUAUUUGAUGUUUGUUUGGAUUGCCUUUUUGCCGACCGUCAUCUUUCCGUGCAUUUAUGCCUCACAAAUAUUGCCAAGAGAGGAGCAGGAACGUUUACGUGGCUACUUCCGCCUAUCUAACAAACGUUUGCCCCAUAAAUCCCAUGCAAAUGGCAAUGGCUGCUUGGAUGCCAAUGGUCGUGGUGGUGGCGGAGGCGGCAGUCGAGGAGGACGCAAUGGCCGCUCGGGUAAUCCCAGUGACAAUUCAAUUGAAAAAGAUGAAAAUACCAAUACCACCCAGGCCACCACAUCUAUCAUCUUGAAUGGUGAGCCCUAUGUCAGUGGCCAGUGUGGCACUGGCAGUCCUGGCCAGAAUAUCUUGGGAUCCACUGUUGAGGCGAUGUCAUCCCAAAAGCCGGAAAACAUUAAAACAUUAGCCAACGGAAAAUAUCAACAUCAAAAUUCUCUCAACAAAGAUGCGAUGGCACCACAGCUAACCGCCCGAAUACCACCACCACGGCAACGCAACAAAGACGGCGGCAAAUCCUUAAAGCAUUCCGAUGCCACUUUCGGUAAUGACAGCAAUAAUGCUGUUCAUGAAAAUUCCAAGAAAUAUAAGCGCACCAAAGAUGUUGUGGCCCAGCAGCAGCAACACUCCAGCGAUGUUCGCAUCAAUGUUAUUUCGGAUGGCAAGGCAAAGACGGCGGCCAGUAGGAGGGGUGGUUCAAUAGUGAGUGCCCAAAGUAACGGCCCCUCGACUGGAUUGGGAGGUCAACGCAAAUUGACUUUGGAAUCCUUGGAUAAUCGUUCGUGCUCCAACAUCACAGCUUCGACAUAUUGCAAUGGCAACAGCAGCCUGGGCGAUGAUGGCGAUGUCAGCAGCUUUGGCGAUGGGGAUGGUGAUUCUUCGAUUGUCAGUGGCAUGAUUGUCCAGGGUUCCUCGAAUGGCAGCAGCAAUGCCCUGCCCCCGUAUUAUGACAAAAAACCCAGCGGAAUGUCCCUUUACUCCUCCAUCAUGGGUGGUAUGCGCACCCGAGAUAUGUCUUUUGACGAUGGCAGCUCAACAUUCUCGCGCAUCGAUUCGUCCAGCACCCUGGCUCGUGAAAUGGAAAUAAUUGAUAUGUUGGAACGUGAGCGCUCCAGCAUUGAUAUGCAGGAGUUGCUGCAGCGUGACAGUCACAAUGAAUCACAAAAGCGUCGGGAUGGUGAGCGACGACGUCUACCGGAUAUUGGCAAGAUUUGUCCAAGGUCACCCAAACCGAAACGUGACUCGUAUUCAUAUGAAAAAUCCAACAACACUUCCAUUACCUCGCUGUCGGCCAAGGUGCCCACCUCCACAGAUCCCCUGCGUACCAACAACGAUGGCUAUAGCCUUUCGUCCGGUCUGAAUGAGGAUGAUGGGGACAGCUCCCACAUGCUACCCUAUGAUGAUGAACACUUGCGCUCAACCAAAUCUUCACAACGCUGUAGCAUUGAUGAAGAGGUACCCUCGGAUUUCUUUGACAGCUACACGCCCGGCGAUACCACAGCCAUUUUGCCCAGCUCAGCGCCGGCCGUUAGUGGUGCGGUCCAGUAUCAGUACUCUCGGCGUUUAAGUCGAAAAUCCUCCUCCCAUCACAAUCCCGGCUCGGCCACUUCACAUCGCAUGUCGAAGCGUGACAGUUUCAACUCCUUGCACAGUAAUGACCUCAUAGCUGGGGCCUUUGGUGAAUUGGAUCCCACCCAGCCGCUGACCAAAAUGUCUGUGAUUGAAAAUCGUAUGGUACGUAGAAGUGGCAGCAGUGGAAGGACCUCAUCGUUUUCUUCAUCGGCUCGCAGUUCAAUGAAAUCGCGAGAUUAUGGGCAUGGCUCCUCGUCACAUUCCACACAUCCGGAAUUGGAUUUCAGGGAGAACUUUUUGGCCGAUUUGUAAAGAGGUAGAAGGUGAUCGGGAAAAACAACAACGAAAAUCCACAACGUUCCAGGUCAAGAGAAGAUGAGAAGAGAAGGGGAGGUUUAAAGUGCUGCGGUGACCAAAAGUUAGUUAGUUUUUGUUCUUGGCGGCAGUGGUGAGUGCAACGUUCGGCUGUAUGACGAUAUCACAGAGGUAAUGUUUAAGAUACAACCAAUUUAUUUGUUUAUUCGAGAGUGAGAAAGAUUUUUUGGUUCAAGAGAACAUUUUGUGAAAAUCAGAUGAAUUAGAAUAAAAUGGUGCUUUAGCUUGAAGGAAUGAAUUCUCUUCGUGAGUAAAAGAGAACAAUUUUGUUACAAACUUAAACUUAAGGUAUAGGUAUAAG